GAGCGUCGCCGCUGCGCCGAUAUGCGCGAUCGUUUCUCGGCGCGUCGGCACGUCGCCGAGAAAUACUACGAUUGUCUGCAGUGCGCCGAGCAGUGUCGUCACGUGGACAACGGCAACCCCAGCGGCGGCGGGAACAACAACAACAACUACAGUAACAACAACAACGGCAAGAGCGACGGCGGAGCCGUCGGUUAUCGCGGCAGUUAUCGUCUGCCCGCUACGAGCGCGGAAUUGUAUCUCGACGAGGAGGCGGCGACGUCGCCCGACGAGCUCAGGAGAAUACGGAGCGCGAGGAGCAAGUCCCUGUCGAGGCAUCAGCCCGCGGGGCACCUGACGCCGGCCAAGAAGAGGUCCUCGCUGGCACGGCCGGUCCGCGUCCACGACUCCUUCGUGCAACCCAGGCGGCCGAUGGCCCAGGAGGACGGCUAUCAGGAGCCGCAGCGCGAGCAGCAGGCGAGCUCGUGCAAGAACCCGUGGUGGUGGGAGCGCCGGGAUCAUCAGGAGCCUAACACGUCGAGCUACGGCUAUCAACGGGACGCCGAGGACGGUAGCGCCGGUUGGCCUAUUCGCCUGCGGCUCGAGCAGAUGCUGGAGCUGACGCUGCCGCAGACCAAGCGCAAGAAGAAGAAGAAGAAGAAGAAGAAGACGGCGACCGCGACGGCGACGAUGAUGCUGAUGAAGCAGCAGCAGCGCGGCAGGCAUGGCUUCAAGGAUACCGAGAGGCUCCUCAAGGUACUCAGCAUUAACAAUGUGGACCAAGAUAAUAGGUACAACGUCAAACGAUGUUCCGUCAUGUAGAGAUUAGCGUAAGGGAGAAAGAGAGAGAGGGCAGGAGAAGAGAGAAAAGAGAAGCGUGUAACAGACUUCUUAAGGAAACACCGUAGGACUCUGAUACGCUCGUAUCUGGAAUCCUGCUUUCGGGCGUUACUCGCGGCCGAGUGGAGCCGCGAAGAUCGAAGCUUCGAGUCUGCUUUCGUACUUGAUUGUUUUCGGCUUUAUACACUUUGUUCUAAACUCUCUGUUUCAGUUAGAACGCGGGGAGAGACGAGUCGCGGCGCGACGGAAAGUCUCCCGCGCGUGCAUUUAUCUUCGUCUCUCGAUCGGUUACGAAAAUUAUCCCGGGGUUUUACUUUCCAUCCGUCGUCGUUUAGAUCGUGCCUCGGUCACGGUACGUCACUUUCAUUACGACACCAGUGCUAGAUGCUGAUCGAGAGAGGGAUCCGGAAAUGCGGAUUCCUUUUUCGUUCCCGUACUUUUCCGACAAUUUGCAAUUCGUUUCAGUCGUGCCGUUUUCAGUGCCAUUAAGCACGAGUGUUAAUUGAUAACGGUGGAAAUUGUCGCUAUAUAACGGUCGUACCGAAGCGACAUUUUUCGAUAACCAUCGCGGCCUCGAUAACGCGCAAAGCACUUUAGAGACAGAGCCGUUUCCACUUUGUUCUUCCCGGUCCUUUCCUGAGUUUAGAGAUAGAGAUUAUCUCCCCCCCCCCCCCCCCUAGCUGCGUAUCCGAUCCGCUGCUCCGGCAUCU